AUGGACAAUCCAGCACACAGCUGUUUUCAAUGCUCUUUUGAAAAUUUAGCCAGCUUUGAAAUGUCUGAUUCUGUUUUAAACAACUCUUGGCCGUCUUUCUCCAAACUCUGGAUGAAGAGGUGGUCAUUCAAAAGAGCCUCAGAAUGUAAGCCAUGUUCUGGAUUUUCUGCCAUUCCGGAUUCUAGAAGUGUAACCCCAGAUGCAGAUGCCAAUUCAAGCUCUCUGGCUGCUGGGGAUCAAUAUGACAUUUCAGAAGAAAAAGAUGACAUUUCUGUUGACAUGGAUGACUGUAGCAGUGAGGAUCUGCCUUCCCUGGAAUCCUCGCUUCAUGGAUCAGAGUAUUACAAGGACCUUGUAAUGAUGGAGCCUACAGAUAGCAUAAGCCCGCCCCAGAGGACCCCUAAACCUGCAGAUGCUGCCUUUUGUGUUGCUGGAGAAACCAACAUUAGCUUUGAUAAGGGGGAGGUCAUUAUUACAUACACCAAACCUUUCCUCUGCCCUGUAGCCUAUGGUCGUGUAGAGGACACAGGAAUAACACCGUCAGGAUCUCCUGUAGAGAAAGAUAAUGAAGCUCCAGAAGAUGAAGAUCUGGUCAAAGUAAAGGAGCCCAUUCCUAUCUUAGUUAGAUCUUUGUCAACCUCUAGGAGACACAGCUGGGACGAGGCAGCCUCACCAACUGAUACUGUAUGCAGGUUCAGCCUUGGCACCUCAGAGAUGGAGAUUGACUUAGAGAUGGACAUUAAAUCACCCACCAGUACCACCUCAUCUGAGACGUUAACCAUACAUGGACCACAGAUGACUAAGACAAACCUUCUCAUUGAAGCAGAUCAUGGGAGUCUGCAAGAAGUUUACACGGGGAGCAAGGAUGGUGAUAGUGCUUCUAAAAGACUUCGUUCAAAGUCAGUGCCUUCAACGCUAGAUAAGAUUGCAACCCCCAGGAUAUCCCGCAGCUUGGAAUCAUCCUGCCCUGUCAUCGAAGUGAUUGAACCAUUUCAGUUGGAAACCAUUGAGACGGACCAUGUGGAACCAAAUCAUGUAUUAUUUGUACAGCAAGUGCUCCAAGAACUGAAGCAGUAUCAUGGGACCAAGCAUAAACAAGAGGGGAGCAGGGAGCCCAAGCAGGAUCUGACCUGGUUCGAGUUCCUGUCUAACGAGACAGAGGAGGCAGCUAAACCUGAAAAAGUGGAGAAAGGCACAAAGGUGAAAAGAAGACUUAGCUCACUGAAGAACAGAGUCACUGGAUCCUGGCAAAAAGAUAAGGGUAAGAUGAAAGAGCCUGAAAAGGGCAGAGAUCCAAAGGACAUGUGGAUAAAUGCCAGUGGGCACGAACUGGUGCCAGGCUGCUUUUCCAGUCACGCCAAAUGCACUUUAUGCACCAGGGCACUUGCAAACUGGAAUGGACGGCAGUGCAUGUAUUGUGCUGUAAAUGUUAAUAAAAACUGCAAGGCCUUGCAUCCAGAGUGCACUAGCAACAAGGCGAAGAAGGAGAGUUCCCAAAAAUCUGCAACAUCUUCCCAAGGCCCUUUGUGUUAUCAACAAGCAUCCCUGAAGGAUCAUCCCCGCAUUGCCAUAGUGGGACUCGAAGGGACUCAUGCACCAGCACGGGGGCUCGGAAUGACUGUCACCCAUAGAGGAAACUCACGAUUUGAAAUACAAGCAGCUUCGGGGAGCAGAACCAGUGGAACAGCAGCAGAGAUGGAUGAAGUUGAUCCAGGUUUCACAAAGGUGAAGAUCUUCACAGAUGAUAAUGUUUCAUUAGCGCCGUCCAGCACUGAUUCCAUAUUUGUGGAAGAUUCUUUCUUUUCAUCUGUGAGAGCUGAGUUGGAAGCUGAUGCCCUCGAAUUUGAGACAGAAACAUGGAGCAGCGCAGUAGAGCCUCUGUAUGCUAAAAAACAAAAGAAAGAUGUUAUCAAGAGACAGGACGUCAUAUAUGAGCUGAUGCAGACCGAGAUGCACCAUGUCAGGACCCUCAAGAUUAUACUAAAGGUUUACUCGCGUGCUCUGAGGGAAGACCUCCAGUAUGGAAAUAAAGAAAUCAACCAAAUAUUUCCCUGUGCAGAGGACCUUUUGGAGUUGCAUGGACGGUUCCUAACGCGGUUUAAAGAGAGACGUAAAGAGUCCUUAGAAGAAGGCAGUGAUCGUAAUUACAUCAUUCAAAAAGUUGGCGACAUCCUUGUACAACAGUUUUCAGGGGACACUGGUGAUCGGAUGAAGGACCAGUAUGGGCUGUUUUGCAGUCAGCACGGCAAGGCGAUUAGUUAUUACAAAGAACUCCUGCGAGAAAGCAAAAAGUUUCAAAACCUUGUCAAGAAAAUAAGCAAUUCGUCUAUUGUGAGGCGUCUGGGAGUUCAGGAGUGCUUACUUCUGGUAACUCAGAGAAUUACAAAGUAUCCAGUUCUUGUAGAACGCAUCAUCCAAAAUACUGAAGAGGGGACAGAGGAUCAUGAGGCCUUGACCCAGGCACUUGCCCUGAUCAAAGAGGUCAUCAAUGAAGUAGAUGUACGGGUCCACGAGAGUGAGAAGGGCCAACGUUUGAGAGAAAUCGUGGCCAGGAUGGAGCUGAAAUCUUCCGGGAAACUGAAGACUGGGACAUUUAGGAAACAAGAUAUGAUGCGUAGACAGCUGCUUCAUGAUGGAAUGCUCUACUGGAAGACUGCAUCCGGACGCCUGAAAGAUAUUCUUGCAGUUUUGCUGACAGAUGUCUUGCUUCUUCUACAAGAGAAGGAUCAAAAAUAUUCAUUUUCAUCUUUGGAUUCAAAACCUCCUGUCAUUUCACUGCAAAAGCUUAUUGUCCGAGAAGUGGCUAACGAAGAAAAGGCCAUGUUCCUGAUAAGCGCUUCACUGCCGGGUCCAGAAAUGUAUGAAAUUCACACCAGCUCAAAAGAAGAAAGGAACUCAUGGAUGGCACUAAUCCGUGGAGCAGUGGAAAGUUGUCCAGAAGCGAUCUUCCCAGAGGCCGAUGAUGAAAAAAGAGUUGCUUCUGAACGUGCAGCUAAAAUAAAGGAAUUCCAAGAGCGUCUUCACAGGAAGGACGGAGCCAUCAUGGAGGCUCUUCAGGAGAAACUGCAGAUCUGCAUGGAUAUGUCCGAUCUGUACAGCUUUGAUGAUUCUUCUCAAACUACCAGACUUAGACUGCUUGUUGGAACCGACAAUGGAGAGAACCUCCAAGGGGAACAUAUCCUCCAGUCUGCUAUCAGUGAAGCGGAGAGAAUUCAGUGCCUACUCCUCUCCCCAACCUCCCCCCAGAGUCCUCAUGAAGAAGCAAACUUGGGGAAUUCCGCUCACCUGAGGAGAUCAGAGACAUUUGGAGGUUAUGAAAGUAAUGCCAAUCACACAAACAAAUCCGGUAGCUUUAAACAAAAAGGCCGCGAUCGUCGUACUACAUCGACCAAUUCAGAAACUCCACAUCAGGAUACUGAGCAGAAUGAGCAUUCAGUAUCAAGAUUGGAUAAUAAUAGCUCUCCAACAAACCAGGAUCCGGAGCUGAUUUCCAAGAUACAGACCCUUCUACAGCUUCUGUAUAGCCUGCAGGCAGUGAUGUUGCAGCAGGAUAGCUACAUCGAGGUGCAGAAGGAGAGAGAGAAGCAGUUUCGGCAGAUGUCUUCAAGGGGGAACUGGCUUCUGGAGCAGGAGAAACAGAGGAAUUUCGAGAAGCAGAGAGAGGAGUUUGCCAACGUGCAGAAGCUACAGGAACAGCUAAGGCUGGAGAAGCAACGCUGGGAACGCGAGCGGGAAAAGCAGCUAAGAGAAACGGAUGCUACGGAGGCCCGGCUGAAGAAGUGGGAAGAGGUGUCCAGACUCGAGAAACAGAGGCUCGAUCAUGAGCGGGAGGAACUGGAUUCUCAGAGGCAGGCCUAUCAGCACGACCUUGAAAGGCUGCGCGAGGCACAGAGGGCAGUGGAAAAAGAUCGGGAGCGCUUAGAGCAACUGAAGAAGAACAAAAAGCCGAGUAUCGUAGCUGGAGUGUUUUCUCCUGACCUGGUGCAGGGACUUGCCCAUUCCUCGAGUUUUAACAGAGAAGGGAUGGUGAACCUUGAAGCACCUGGACAACUAGUUAUGAAGCCCACUUCCAAAACCACCUCAUCCAUGUCUGCAGCUGACUACUUGGAGAGGCCGGAGGUGACACGCAGGGACAGCAGCUCUGCGGAUAGCCGUCCAGCACUGAAGAACGAUGUUCCUAUUCAUCUCCUCAGUGCAACUAAUCAGAUCCAGAAGCAAACGUCACUGACCAAGCAGCAGAUUCCCACUAAGCUGGCAGCUUUGACCAAAGAAAGCAGGGAGAAAAGUGGUAGAGGGAAAGCCUCACACAGAACCGAGAGUUCCGGCUCAGUGGAUCACAGAUCAUUUCCGUCUAGGUUUUCAGGAAAGGAAGAGACCUCAGCGUGGAACAGAAGGUCUGCCAGCCCAAGCCAGCUGAGUAAUUCGGUAGCCUUCUUCCAGCAAGACCCCUCAGGGCAGACUGACUCCGUCCCUGAAACAACCUCUUAUCCAACAAGCUUAUACCGGCAAAGCAGUUCCCACCAACUGCAGACGGCUCCGGCCCCCUUCCUUGCACCACCUGCCGAGGAUGAAACAAACAAAGAAGAUGUUAUCUUUUUCUAGGCAGGUAGACAACACGCUGAUAGCUUUCCCAGCUCCAGGGCUCUGACAAACCAUGUUGGAUAAAAGCCGCUACAGCUAAGGCCUUCGUCAUACAUCCCUGGCAUCUGGUUGGAGAUCUUUACCAACUCGUGUUGUGAUGAGCAAACUGUGAAUUGUUAUAU